AUGGUUAAAACAAAAGCGUGGGUAGGACCUACACGUAGCAGACGCGUUCAACUUCACCCUUUUGUACUAUUCUCUAUUUAUACAUUAUACUCGCCCAUUUCCAUUUUCAUUUGCAAUCUCAAUUCUUGCUUUUUCACAUCAACUAAAACAAAAUUUUAUAGAUAUUGCUCCCUUGAAACUUGUCUGUAUAUGUCCAAUCCUUCUUCGAGUAAACCGAACCGGAAAACCAGCUUCGGAGAUCGGUGCCUGCUGAUGGCUAAGCAACAACGAACUCGCCUCUACAUCCUCCGACGCUGUGUUUCCAUGCUCCUUUGCUGGCAUGACCACUCUAUUUCCGACUAG